AUGGACAAUAUAGUAGAGUUUGAGUCUGGAGAAGCACCUGGAAGUUCAGAGAACAGAAUAUUACCAGUAUCCAGUAAUCAAAUUGAGCCUGUGCCAGGACAUGUUUUUAAAACAAGGCAUGGGCAUUUUUUGUUGGUACCUCAUUCAGAUUGUAGCCAGAACCCUCCAUUUCUGGUCAUUCUAGUAACUUCCUCUCCUACUGAUUUAAAAGUUCGUGUAAUAAUCCGUGAGACCUGGGGCAAAAAAAAAUUAAUAGCAAAUAAAUUAAUUGUAACCCAUUUUCUUUUGGGAACUACAUUGAAUCCUGAAGAACAGGUUGCUGUGAUUAACGAGAGUCUGAAAUAUGGGGACAUCAUCCAGAAGAAUUUUAUAGAUGCUUAUCAUAAUUUAACAUUAAAAACUAUGAUGGGCAUUGAAUGGAUUCACAAAUUCUGCUCAGAGCCUAGCUUUGUAAUGAAAACAGACUCAGAUGUGUUUGUAAAUACUUACUAUCUGACCAAACUCCUCCUAAAAAGAAACCAGAAUACCAGAUUCUUCACUGGCUUUUUAAAACUAAAUGAGCAUCCAAUACGGAAAAUAUCCAGUAAAUGGUAUGUGAGUAAAUAUGAAUAUCCAAGAAACGCAUACCCUCCUUUUUGUUCAGGAACUGGCUAUGUUUUCUCAGCAGAUGUUGCCAGUCUGGUAUAUAGAAUUUCUGGCAAUAUUCCCUUUAUUAAGCUGGAGGAUGUAUUCAUAGGCUUGUGCCUUGCUGAACUUGAUAUCAAAUUGGAAAACCUCCAUUCCAAGCAAACCUUCUUCCCUGAAAGGCUUGAAUUUUCACCUUGCCACUUUAAGAAAAUUGUGACGAGCCAUUUUGUGCUACCUCAUGAGCUGAAGAUCUAUUGGAAUGCACUGGAGAGAUCCAUGGAUGAAAAAUGCCCUGAUGGCUGA